AUGGCGCUCAACCAGCUGCCCGUGGAGAUCAUCCUCCUCAUCACAAAGUCUCUACUGGGAGAUACCAAAACCUUGGCAAACUUAGCAACAUAUACUAAGCGUCUUCACCAGAUCCUCAUACCGGUUCUUUACUCGCAUAUCACAGUGAUAUGCAAAUUAGCCCCCAUUUCCAUGUGGGACGGGUGGUCGUUAAGCCUGGAUGGUCUGUCUGGGUCAUCGAGAAGCGAGGAUGGUCUAUCUGAGUUGUCGGCAAGCGACGAUGGUCAGGAGUACAUUCAGAGACCCUCCGUAGGAGACCAGCAGAUUCGAAACCUGACCCGAACAAUCCUACACAAUCCGCACCUGGCAUCACACGUGCGCUCAUUCGAUGCUUCAGACUUGUUCCAUGAGCCUUGGGUCGACCGGAAGCUUCCACAACCUGACGCGAUGGAACACCAAUCGAUAACAACCAAAGCUGACCCUGACCUCCAACGUCUACUAGAUGCGGUGCAAAUCCUAAAGAAGCCUGAGGAUACGAUGGAUCAAAAACAGUGGUCGGAUUUCUGCAGGCGAUGGCAGGGUACGCUUAAAGCAAAUGCUUGUAAUAGCGAUCCCCAGCUCGCGGUUCUACUUGCACACCUGCCUGCUUUAAGAACAUUCAAACUUGAGACAUUCGCCAAAUCCUGCAGCGGUUUCACAAUACCCCUGUUGAACCACCUGGCUGGAGGGAAAGAUCUUUCUGGCGCAAGGCCCAUCCCUGGGUCUCUGACUCGCCUGUUUGUUCAAAACCCUCAAGUCUCCAAUUCCCCCCCUCGCCUUGAAGUUGAAAUGCGUACAAUUCAGACCCUGUCUUAUUUCUACGUGGAGUUCCAGACCUUGACUUCGCUUCAUAUUGCGGCUCAAUAUCUUGUUGGAAAACUCGAGGAAUGGAACCAGUAUGAGUGGCCGAAGAUUGACUACACAACCUGGGUCAUUAAUGCCAACAUUGCGCUUUACAAGAGGUUACCAGAAUCUCUCCAAGUACUACAUAUCAUGAUUCCUGAGGGCCGGGAAGAAUUUGACCUUCUUGUCGAAAGUGUACGAGAGAUGAUCCGCAUGCGCAAACUGCGGUCCGCCCCCCAUCUACGCGAAAUUCGACUUGAAGCACCCUUUGAGGGAGAUGGCUCAGCAUUCGGGGUUUUGUCGAUGCAAAAUGAGGCAAGCGAUGCGGGAAUAAGGCUGCGGAAUUUGGAUACUUCCCGGCAAUAUUCCCAUUCAUGGAUUCGAGAUAUUUCCAAGACCAGGGCUACAAAGUGGUUCGACACUCCGCAUGUCCACAUGGGUCUAGACGGAGAAUUGACAUGGGAGAACCGGCCCCCCUACAACCAAGCUGUUGAAUGA